CGUCCUGCAAGUUGUCGAGAUUGCAACAGUCUGAAAUCGAACAAACGUUCCAUGUUUGGUGCUCUUCCUAAUUUGGUAAUCUGAAUUGAAGGUAGCUGGAUUCAGAUUGAUUUAGCCACGGGUUUAGAAAGUUGAGUGUCAAUUUAUCAAUAAUCAGUUGCAGUAGCUUCAGCACCCUCUGCGUGUGACAAUGGCCAAAGUGAUUACCCAGGAAACGUUCGACGAUGUGGUCAAGGAAAACAUUGUCGAGUUUUCUAUGUCCGCGGAGGAAUCCAGGGAGGAAACGGUGAAACAGUUCGAAGCCCAAGGUAUCAAUUUGGCCAAUAUCAUAAAAGAUUUGAACGUAAAUGCCGAAAGUGGUGUGCCUUUACUGAACGAGAGUGUGGAGUGGUUGAAAACGAAGGGGACGGAUCUAUCCGGGGCUGAUAAGGAGGAGGUUUGCAAACAUCUGGCGACGGUUGCAGCGGAAUGUAAAUUGAGUGUACCACAUCGUGUGUUGGCGGCGAAGUUGGGGGCUUAUGACUUUAUCGUUGAAGCACUGGAGAAGGGAAAGGCGCUGGACAAGGAAGUGUUGGCGAAGUUGGUUGCAGCAGCCAAUUCGAUCGUCAAUAAGCAACCGGAUGUUUUCAACUUCAAGUCGCUGGAAGUCGCUUUGCGGCUACUGAAAACCGAAACCGACAAAGCUUUGGUUAGUGAUCUGUUGCGAUGGCUUCAAAAAGCAUGUAUUCUUCACGAAAGGAACCGCCAGAUGAUAUUGGAAGACGGUUCCACUAUGAAGCAGUUUAAGAUCCUCGUUGGCCACGAUGAAGCGGAAGUGGUCAAGAAUGUGUGUGCUUUAUUCAGAUAUCUCAUUUUGGAUGACGAUAUUCGCGUUGAUUUUAGUAAAGCUCACGACCAUGCCAGAAUAUUGGCCGCAGAAACCUUAACUGAUGUCACUCAUUUGUUGUUCAAAUUCAAAUCGGACCAGGAUCUGGUUUGUGAUCUUCUACUGACGGUUGCUACUAUGACGGUGCGUAAUGAAUUUUGUCAAGUGGUUGAAGAUGCUGGUGGUCUCAAGUUCAUCAUGGAUGCGAUGGUUGAGUUUCCGGAAUCGAUCAAAAUUCUCAGGGAAUCAUGCAAACUGCUGAAAGCACUGGCCGGAAAUGAUUCGGUAAAGUCACGCAUCAUCCAAAACGGAGCUGCACCGCUAAUUGAAUCGGCUCUCAAUCGUCACAAGGAUAAUGAAGCAUUUGCCCAGCAUGCCUUGGUGUGUGUGGCAACGCUCGCCCUCAGGGAAAAGGAGAACAGUAAUGCACUGUUUGAAACGGGCAUCCCCGAAACUAUAAUUCAAACGAUGAAGAUUCACCCUACCAGUAAGAUAGUGCAACGGAACGGUGCUUGGGCGAUCAGAAACAUGGUAUCGCGAUCACGUGAACAGUGCGAGACAUUCGUCAACCAUGGAGCGGAGGAUGUUCUGAACAAAGCGCUUACGGAUCAUCUGACGAUUGUCCAAGAUGUAAAGUCGGCACUGCGUGAUUUAGGCUGCAAGGUGCAUCUGAAUGAGGAAUGGAAGGGUCAGUCGGAUAUCCAAAUAAAAAAUGAUGAAUAGAUGCAGAUGGUCAUUCCGUGUAGAGCACAAAAGACUUAGGAUAGUUCACCAAGCCAGUCGGAUUUUGUUUGCUGCUAGUUUUGUGCGUAACCAAACAAUAAUAUCAUUUAUCUAUGAUUUUUCAAAAAACCUACACUC